GCGAUAAUGCAAUAACAUUUCAACUGACUAACACCAUUUGUCAAUCGCCAAAUGGCGCUAUUUCAGAUAGCAACUUUAUAUUUAGAUCACCAAAUACUGGUUACUUGGCCAGUUUUGAGACCGCGAAAACUUAG